UGAUCUUGCAUGCUUGCAAUUUGCAACGUCGGCAAAUAAUAUGUCUCAUGAAAUCAUUUGUUAAUUAGUUCACCAUUUUUACCGCGAACAAUUACUAGAAAUGUUUAAUUCUCUAGUUAGCAAAGAAAGGCCACACAUUAUUAAAAGUAUGUUCUUCUGUUUUUUGCAACUAUUUGCCUUCGUCAGAUCAGAUAUACAGCAAAUAAAAUUGAAUUUUUGACAGUAAUUUUUAACCUUACUUAUUACUGUCACUCUCUUUUCCCUUAUUUUAGGAAUUUAUUAUUUUUCUUAAAAAAACAAGAAGUACAUUAUAUUUUAAAAAAUGCUGGAUCAAGAAAAUUUAUCUGAUGUUAGUAAUUUAGUGAGUGAUAUAAAACAUAAAAAAAUAUAUAAUUCGUUUGAUGUAGCUUUGAAAACAGAGGACUUAUUAGAAAAACUAAUAUUACAACGACAAUGGAAGAGCGCUAGAGAGCUGAUGAAAUUAGUUAAGUCAAGGAUAAAGUUUAUUCGAGAUGAUUUACCUACAGAAGCUACUGCAACCAAUGUUAUGAGACAUAUUUUAAAAAUUAUUAGGGAAGAAUACGAAUCAGCUUCAAAGAAAAAAGGAGAAGGUCAGUCUUUGCAUCAACUAGUAACGUCCAAUUCCAGUGACAUUUUAGAUUAUUCAGAAUCUUUAAGUAGUUUAAGAUCAAGUAUUUUAGAUCAUUUAGGAGAAUAUAAAGUUGAGAUAGAAUCAAGUUGUGAUAAUAUUGCAGCACAAGCAUCUGAACAUAUUCACAUGGAUGAAAUGAUCAUGACAGUUGGUAAAUCGCAUACAGUGGAAAAAUUUUUAAAAUGUGCUGCCAAAGAUAGAAAUUUUAAGGUUGUGGUUGUUGAAGGAGCACCUUUCUAUUAUGGCCAUUCAUUGGCAGCUAGUUUAGCUAAAAGUAACAUCCAAACCACUGUCAUCCCCGAUUCUGCAGUAUUUGCCAUGAUGUCUAGGGUGAACAAAGUGAUUAUAGGUACCCAUACAGUCUUAGCUAAUGGAGGUUUAAGAGCUUCAAGUGGUAUACAUGCUGUAGCUUUGGCUGCUAAACAAUUCUCUGUACCAGUUGUUGUUCUUUCCCACAUGUACAAAUUUACUCCUUUAUAUGUUGUAUCUAACAAUCAUGAGGCUUUUAACAUCUGUGCAUCACCAGCAGAUGUGAUUCCACAAUCUGCAGGCAAGAUACUGAACGAUAUUGAAGUGUAUAAUCCUAUUUUUGAUUACGUACCGCCUGAGCUUGUAACAUUAUUCAUUUCUCAUCAGGGAGGCAAUGCUCCAUCAUACGUAUACAGAUUAUUAUCAGAAUUAUAUCAUCAAGACGAUUAUGAUAUGUGAAUUUAAAAAAAAUAAAUAAGUUCUAAAAAAAACCGUAA